CAGUACGUUUCGGUACUCUAAAGACCCUUCCAAACGCUUGAGUUACUCACACGACCGCAUUUUAUCCCUGUAUUGGAUUAUACUAUCCUUGAACCUGAGGGUUAUAGGUUUCGUUCCUAUGUGAGCAAAUGUGAAACCAUGUACGUCCCGUCCGACGUAAAACGCUCUGUUGGGAUCCCUCUUCUCCCAAGCACACCCAAUGUGUCUCUCGAUGCCGCCGGCCUAGUCGCCUUGGCCGAUCUCACCACCAUUCAAGAACGAACGGUCCUCACUGGGACAGCUACCUUCCUAGACGCGUUCAUCAUAUGUCCUGGGAUACAUAUGCAGCAAAAGUCGACGAACUUGAACGGCGGAGAGCAUCCCGUCUCUGCGAACAUGAACACAGGAGACGUCUUUCGAAUCGAGAACCCCGCCACAGUCUUUUACCUUCAGCAAGUCAGCAAAACCGGUCACCUUACGAACUUGGCAGUGUCAGAACUUGAAGGUGAUUGGUGGUCCAAGGUCUUGUCCAUAUUCUUCACGGCUCAGAAUGCAUCAGUGGCUUCUACCCUGGCUUAUGGGACAGCAGUUCUGUGGACCAUCUCGGUCGUUAUCCUCCUAGCUUGUUCAUACGAUUGGUGGGGCCUCAUUAUCGUCCUUGUGCUUAUGGCUGCACGCCUUUGCAAUGUCAUUGUCGUUCGCCGAAGGGCUACGCCAGGCUGGUCCGGAGCCAAGGAAGGAUUCGUGGCAGGCGACCUUCUUGUCUUGCUUAGCCAGGACCGUUGGGUGAGGAUCCAAGGCAAAGUUGAUCAUCUGAAAGCUGUUACGUCCGGUCAGUGGCUACGAGAUCAGAAAGAUGUCGAAGGUUGGAUGACAGCUCUGGCAACAUUGGCCGUCUAUCUCGCCGCAGCUCUGGUCAGUAACGCAACUCAGUUUGGGAAGAUCUUGAUCUUGGUCCAUCUGGGGGCCUCUGCUGGAUUAUUGGCUGCUGCAAACUCGACCACCAAGAAUAUCCUGGUGAUGCACGGCCAUACUCUUGCAGUUCAGGGCAGCAGGUCCAGGUAUCAGAGGCGUAAGGAGCUAAUUCUUGAGUUGAUCAAGGAAACGGGUCGCUACGAUUGGGCGCUAUCGAUGGACGUGAUCAAGGAGGAGGAUAUCCGGAAGCUCUCGGCGGAAGAACCAAAAGUGGACCAUCAUGAAGUGAGCACGUUGCGAAAUUAUACGUCAUCAAUGGGGGUUUAAUGUCAAGAUUGUAUCAAAGAGUAUGCUUGUUUGCUGGUUUGCCUAACACUCGAUCUACUGUCGUAGUUGGAAUCACAGAUGGUUACGCCGCUAUCGACCAAUUCUU